AUGUAUCUGCGGCGUGUUCAAACAUCUGGCACCAUGAUUCGCCCAACUGACGCGCUCAUAUCGAUCCGUUUCGGCUGUAGGCUCAAGGCUCCAGGUCACAGUUCUCUACUCGCGCCCCGUUUGUGCAGCUUGCCAGAGACCCGCUGUGACAGCAUGGCGCGUGCGAUGCAGGUGAUCGGCUUCGCUGCAGUGGCGUCGGCGGACAUGGGGCCGUCCGCUCGGCAGCUCCGCGGCUACGCGGCAAACAGCACCUCGCUCGCGUCUGCGUCAGACUGCAGCAGUUUCUGCUGCUGGUGGCCGGCUGGGGAGUGCAGCGACUGCGGCACGGACUGGAACAGCCGCAUGUAUGCCCCUGGUUGCCACGUGGAGUGCUCAGGCCCGAACUGCGGCCCUGGAAAGGCCCACCAGUACUACAACACGCAAUCUGAUUGGGACAGCAGUUGCUCCACUCGUGUGUGCGGCAGUGAACAGGGAGGCCUCAGCUCCGGACCUUCGUACUACUGCGGGGGCACCUGGAAUGGGAACAACAACUGGGGCAGCAACUACGAGGGCCCGAUCGUCAACACCGACACUGAGACUUGCAAGCGGUUGUGCGGUAUGAGCGGGAGCAACAAGUGCACGGGUUGGACCGUGACCAACAACAACGAGUGCUACCUGAAGACCAGCGUCGGGGACAUGCAGAGCGAUGCGGGCGUCCAGGGCAGCGGCUACUGCUACCCCAGCUGCGGGGACCAGCAGAACCAGCAGAACAACGAUGGGCACAACUACGAGGCAAAACCGAGCCGGUUGUCAUCACAUCACGUACUGUCUUCUGCUCCGCUGAUAAUGUAUCUGCGGCGUGUUCAAACAUUUGGCACCAUGAUUCGCCCAAUUGACGCGCUCAUAUCGAUCCGUUUCGGCUGUAGGCUCAAGGCUCCAGGUCACAGUUCUCUACUCGCGCCCCGUUUGUGCUCAGCUUGCCAGAGACCCGCUGUGACAGCAUGGCGCGUGCGAUGCAGGUGA